AUGAGACUUUCUUUCACCCAUUUCAUAACUAUCCUUCUUGGAGCCAGCCGCGCACAGGAGUCAUGCGACUCCGCCUGCCAGACGGCAUUCAAAGGAGCCCUCCUCCUCGAGUCCUCAGGGUGGGUGUCGAAGAACGUAACGCUAGACGAAUUCUACACCACCCCGGCCAACACCACUGGAGCAAAGCCAGGCGCCCUUCUGCGAUGGCAACCAGUCUCACGCAACGACAGCAACACGAAAUUCACAGCGCCAACCGGCAUGUCUCUUGCGCGUUUCAUGUACACGACAGAAGACAUUGAACGAAACCCUAUUCCGGCUACUGGAUUCGUGCUGUUGCCGUACAGCAAGCCAAACCGGGACGAGCCGCUGAAUACAAUAGUCUGGACCCACGGCACAGCUGGUAGAAUUCGCAACUGUGCACCUUCCAACAACAAAGACUUACACUAUGAAUGGAGAGGCCCGUAUGCUCUUGCUCUUGCUGGGUAUGCUGUCAUUGCGCCCGACUAUUCGGGUCAAGGCUCAGAUAUCCCUCAAGGAUUCAUGUACGAGGCGGGCUUCUUGCACGCAGCCGAUGCCGUAUACGGGUUGAUUGCUGCCCGCAAGGUCCUCGGCGAUUUACUCUCCAAGGAAUACGUAGUUGUCGGCCACAGUGAAGGGGGCAUGACAGCUUGGAGAACCAACGAGCGGCUCGCGAUGCCCAAUCAGGAAGAACUGCUGAAGGCAGGAAAGUUCCUAGGCUCUGUCGCCGCUGCUCCCGCGCUCCGUCCUCUUGACCUCUUCCCUGAGUCUAUCCGACGAGCCAAUGGUGGGCCGUUCGGCGGCGCCAACGCCAUCUUACUUCUGCAAUCGCUCGUACUGCUCUUUCCUCACACCUUCCAUCUCGAAGAUUACCUUACAGAUGCCGCUCUCGAUCUCCUUCCACUCCUGGAUCAAGGCUGCAUUCUUGUUGCAAACGCAUUAUACGGCAACUUCACCAGCGCACAGAUGUUCAAGAAGGUUACCUGGUACGAGCAUCCAGAUGUUGUCGACUGGCAAAAGCGUUACAAUGGCGCUGGCCCUCACGCUCUCGCUGGACCUAUGCUUGUUGUUCAGGGGAUUGCCGACGCUUUGGUGUACGCAGUCAACACUAGGAGUGACUUCAAUCGGACUUGCAGCGCUUUUCCAGAGUCUCGUGUUUCGCUCCUUUUGUACCCGGAGGUCGAUCACUUGGGUGCCUCGAUGGUUACAGUUCCUGACUAUCUUGCUUGGAUUAAGGAUCGCUUCGAUGGUGUGGAGGUUCCGGAAGGUUGUCAUACGAACACUGAAGAGACGAUUACGAAUACGUUCAGGACUGUGGUAUCCUACUACAGUGGAAGUCUAGCAGAAUAUGUACCAGGUCGCGCUCUCGAAGCACGGCAAUAUAGUCCUGCGCGAUGCGGCAGCCCAUUUACGACACUGAACGGCGCCAACUACACCACAUACUGUGAUCAAAACAUACGCAAUAAUGACGCGCCAACCGAAGCCAUUCAACUAGACAGCUUCGCAGAAUGCAUAGAGCACUGCUCACGGUUCUGGGGCCCCGGCGGAGGAUGCUUCGGCGUCCUCUGGGUAGACCCCGACAACAUCUGCUACAUGAAGAAUAGCAGCGCGACCGUCGAUCUCCUCGAACCGAACCCCCACCGCUACACAGCCCUCAUCGAGAGGAGCGAAAUGGAAGGCUUCGACGAAACAUGUCCGCACGAGGAUCUUUCCACCAACACCCUCCCCGGCGUCCACGGCAUGCAAUACACCACGCACUGCGGGCAGAUGAUCAAGGCAAACGUAGCUGACUUUGACGGGUAUCCACAUCUCGAGGGCAACUAUCAAUGGUUCUACCACGCCGACUCCCUCGAUGAAUGCAUGCAGAUAUGCGUCGAUCAGCAACCGCUCUGCACAGCUGUGUCUUGGAAUCCCAGUAUGGUAAUCGGUUUCGCCAACUGCAUUCUCAAGACGGGCGAUGAUUCUGGUUACACAGAUAGCUUGGACGUAGGCGCGGGAAUCAUCCUCUUUCACUCAGCAGUCAUGACGCAAAUCGACCAGAUCGAUACGAAAUGUCCAGAUAGGGAAUCGUAUACGGCGGCGGCGGGCACGGAGGAUGCUAAGGGCUUUGAAGUGCACUGUGGGAAGUUGAAUCCGGGGACUAAUAUUACGAGUUUGCAUUCGCAGAAUAUUACGGCGUGUAUGGAUGCUUGCGCGGAGGAGAACGUAGGAUGCAAAGCUAUUCUCUUCGACUCGACAUUGAAGGGCGGAUUCAACAACUGCUACCUCCAAAACACUACGAGUGUGAUUAGCGAGCAGCCAGGCGCGACUUACGCUGUACUUCUCGACGCGGAAAUCCCUUCUUCGUCGCCCUCCUCAUCAUCUGGAGCUGGCAAAGACAGUAACGACUCCUCCUCCUCCUCCAGCAAAGCAUGGAUAGCAGGACCGGUAAUCGGCGGCCUCGUCGCCCUCGCGCUGAUCGGCUUUGCGGCCUUCUGGUGGCGCAAGAGGAAGGCGACGAAGCUUGCUAAUGGAGAGAAGAGCCCGUAUAACAGGGAGAGCAUGUAUGGUGCAGUGCCGCCGCAGUAUGUAGAUGCGCAGCAUGUGGAUGCCCAGUAUGUGGAUGCGCCGGAUUCGGAUACUGUGAGGAGUGAGUUGCCGGCUAGUACAAAGUAUGCGCAUAAUCAUGGGCCAAGGAGUGAGCCGCAGGAGAUGCCUUCGUAG